ACACUCUUCCUCUUCGUCUUCUUCAUCCCUCACUCAUAUAUAUAUAUAUAUAUAUAUACACAUCUACCUGUAUGCAUUCACACACACAUAUGUCCUGAACAGAUAGAUAAUAAUCAAAAUCAGUCCUCCAUCAGUACUACUAUGGCAGCAGAUCAGUCGAAAACGGAGAAGAACGAUGACCCUACCCGUAUGCCCAUACCCGCUUUCGACCCGCCCAGAAAACCCAAAAGAAACAAAUACGCCUUGCUCUGUGCAUUCUUAGCUUCGCUCACCUCCAUCUUGCUCGGAUAUGAUAUAGGAGUGAUGAGUGGUGCGAUUAUUUACAUCCAAAAAGACCUCCGAAUAAGCGACGUUCAGAAAGAGGUCAUUAUGGGCAUUCUCAACGUCUACUCUCUAAUCGGCUCCGCCGCCGCCGGCCGUACGUCGGACUGGAUCGGCCGCCGCUACACCAUAGUCUUCGCCGGCGCGAUAUUCUUUGUCGGCGCCUUGCUCAUGGGGUUCGCCCCUAACUACGCCUUCCUGAUGGUCGGCCGAUUCGUCGCCGGCGUCGGCGUCGGCUACGCCCUCAUGAUCGCCCCCGUUUACACGGCGGAGGUCGCCCCCACCUCCAUCCGCGGCUUCCUCACCUCCUUCGCCGAUCUAUUCAUCAAUUUCGGAAUCUUACUCGGCUACGUCUCGAACUUCGCCUUCUCGAACCUUCCGACGAACUUAGGGUGGCGACUGAUGCUCGGAAUCGGCGCCGUCCCCGCCGUAUUCCUGGCCCUCGGCGUCCUCGCCAUGCCGGAGUCUCCCCGCUGGCUCGUAAUGCAAGGCCGCCUCGCCGAGGCCAAGCGCGUCCUCGACCGAACCUCCGACUCGCCGGAAGAAUCCUCAUCCCGAUUUUCCGACAUCAAGCAAGCCGCCGGCAUACCCCAAAACUCCGACGACGUCGUAUUACUCCACAAGCCCCACCACGGCGAAGGCGUGUGGCGCGACCUCCUCUUCCGCCCCACCCCCGCCGUCCGCCACAUCCUCCUCUGCGCCGCCGGCGUCCAUUUCUUCCAGCAAGCCAGCGGCAUCGACUCGGUAGUGCUCUACAGCCCCGAAAUCUUCGAAAAAGCCGGAAUUAAAAACGACACCGACAAGCUGCUGGCGACAAUGGCGGUCGGGUUCACCAAAACCCUCGUCAUCCUCGUGGCCACAUUUCAGGUCGACAAGGUCGGCCGCCGGCGGCUGUUUCUGACGAGCAUGGCCGGAAUGAUCGUUUCUUUAUUAGGGCUAGCGACGGGGCUGACUCUGAUCGGGCAUUCCGAUCGGAAAAUGGUGCCCGCGGUGGGGCUGUGCAUAGCCACCGUGCUGUCGUAUGUUUCAUUUUUUUCGAUCGGAAUGGGGCCGGUGACGUUCGCGUACUCGUCGGAGAUAUUUCCGCUCCGGCUGCGGGCGCAGGGAUUCAGUAUUGUGAUAGCGGUGAACAGAGUGGCGAGCGGGGUGCUGACAAUGACGUUUAUAUCCCUGUACAAGGCGGUGAGUAUUGGGGGAGCGUUUUUUGUGUACGCGGGGAUUGGAGGGGUAGGAUGGGUAUUUCUGUACACGUUUUGUCCGGAGACGAAGGGGAGACCGUUGGAGGAAAUAGAGGGGUUAUUUGGGGGCGUUUUUAAGUGGCGGAGGAGAGAGAAGGCGGGGCAGGUCGAAUUGGAGACUACUGCAGGAAGUAGUACUGUAUAGGAUUGGAUUGGAUAGGAUAGGGACGUGGGUCGUCGGGGUCAAAUGUUCUUGUUUUCUUGAAAUGAAAUAAUUUGUGGAAAUCGUCGCAAUGAGAUGAUCUUUGGUCCCAAAAAUAAAUUUUACUCCUCCGUCACGUAACUAUGUUUCUGUCUAAUAA